AAAGCUUAUUUUUUGAUUUAUUUAAUCUCAAUCAACAUUUUAAAUCUAUGAUAGAAAAUGGAGAUAGAAAGUGAGAGGAGCCAAAUCCCUUAAAAAAGAAGUGUGUUAACAUGAAUUGAGGAGGAUUUGACAACUAACAGCCAUCAUUAAAAGCUCCUCUUUUCUUGAUGAUUACUAGAAAAAAAAUACAGUAAUGGAAAUCUGGUUUAUCAUUGUCGUUACUCUCUGUAUUGCUUUCUUACUAAAAUCUCUUUUUACUAUUAUUCUCUAUCCCAAUUCCAAGAAGAAGCUCCCGCCGGGACCCUACAGUUUUCCGGUAAUCAGUAGUUUAUUAUGGGCCAAAAGGUCCUUCGCCGACUUGGAACCUAUCCUCCGUAACCUUAAGGCUAAGUAUGGUCCACUCAUCACCCUCAAUAUUGGGUCUCGUUCCGCCAUAUUCGUAGCUACUCACUCCUUAGCCUACCAAGCUUUAGUCCAGCAAGGCUCUGUUUUCUCUGACCGGCCAAGGGCUGUUGCCACCGGUGCAGUCCUCAGUAGUAACCAGCGCAACAUCAGCUCCGCCCCUUACGGCCCUAUAUGGCGUCUUCUCCGUCGAAACUUGACUUCAGAAAUACUCCACCCUUCUCGCAUCAAGUCCUAUUCCAAGGCCAGAUCGUGGGUGUUGGGUAUCCUCCUUCAUCAGCUCCGUCAUGCCCAAGUCGAUUCUGUAAAGUUGAUUGAUCAUUUUCAGUAUGCUAUGUUCUGUCUUCUUGUAUUGAUGUGUUUUGGGGAUAAGCUUGAGAAAUCUCAAAUCAAACAAAUUGAAAAUAUACAGCGCAAGUUGCUCCUGAGUUUCAGACGAUUCAAUAUACUCAAUUUCUUUCCUAGAGUUGGAAAAAUAAUCUUUAGGAAUCGCUGGAAGGAACUCAUUGAACUACGACAAGAGCAAGAGAGUAUCUUCAUUCCUUUGAUUGAAGCUCGAAGCAGGGACAAAGAACAAAAGAUGGAGCACGGUGAUGAAUUUGUGGUGGCUUAUGUGGAUACGCUGUUGAAUUUGGAGUUGCCAGAGGAAAACAGGCACCUCAAUCAUGGAGAAAUCGUUAGCCUCUGCAGUGAAUUCUUAAGCGCCGGAACUGAUACGACGUCCACUGCCUUACAGUGGAUUAUGGCCAACUUGGUUAAAAACCCUUCCAUUCAGGAGAAACUAUACCAAGAAAUUGCCGGUGUAGUGGGAGAAAAACAGAGCAAGUUGACAGAUGAAGAGGUGGUGAAGGAGGAAGAUUUGCAGAAAAUGCCAUACUUGAAAGCAGUGAUAUUGGAAGGCCUUAGGCGGCACCCACCUGGUCACUUUGUGCUGCCACACACAGUGACGGAGGAAGUAGAACUGAACGGCUACGUCAUCCCAAAGAAUGCCACCAUCAAUUUCAUGGUUGCAGAGAUGGGUUUAGACCCAAAUGUGUGGGAGGAUCCAAUGGAAUUUAGGCCAGAGAGGUUCUUAGUGGAAGGAUCAGAUAAGGAAGGAUUUGAUAUAACAGGAAGUAGAGCGAUCAAGAUGAUGCCAUUCGGUGCAGGGAGGAGAAUAUGUCCUGCCUAUGCGUUGGCUAUUCUUCACUUGGAAUACUUUGUGGCUAAUUUAGUUUGGCAUUUUCAAUGGAAGCCCGUGGAAGGAGAUGAUGUUGAUCUCUCGGAGAAUCUAGAAUUCACCGUUGUGAUGAAGAAUCCACUACGAGCUCGUAUAUGCCCCAGAGUUAACUCUGUUUGAAUUUGGUCAUAACCAGCUUCUUCAAAAAAUCUCUUAGCUCUGAAAAUUUUCUGGAGCAUCCAGCUGCAGCUAAUUUAUUCUUCCCCUCUUCCGCUAUUUGUAUAUGCUGUCUGGGCUUGUCAGAUGAGUUUGGACCAUGUUUUACUUCUUGUUAGCAGAAGCUGUGAAGUGUGGUUCUAAAUUUAGAUUACAUUGAAUUUAAACAUUUGCAGUACAUCUAUGCCUUCAACCUUCCAUGACACAAAUAACACAAUCUAUAACAAUCAACAGAUGUUGAUCUGCGACCUUAUAUGGCAACAUUCUGUCUGCAAUAAUAGCAACCAUGCACAUACCUGUAUGGCUGAACUAGCAGUGAAGCUGCGUUGUGUACAAGUCUUACAACCCAGCUUUCAAUUUUUUUUAGAGUGUGGUCUUGCCAAUUUUGAACAUUUGAAGUUUAGAGAAAAAGGUUUUGCAAGUACACUAAAAUAAGAAGCUCAAAUAUAUUUUAGACAAUACUAUGACUAAUCACUUAAUGUAUCUUGGUGGUAUUCAUAAGGUACAAAGGUCAAUUGGGUACAACCUGCAAUGAAUGGCAACACUUCGAUUGAAUUGUUUCUUACAAUGU